AAAGCCACACGAAGAAGAGGCGCAGUUUAGAUACACAAUAGCAGCCCAGGGCACUUGCACAACCCACUGUGUAUUUCCGUGUUACUUCCUUGUUCUGUCUUUGGUAUUUUUCUGGAGAGAAAUGUGUAGACAGCGGUAAAAUUGUUUGAUUCGGCUACUUAUCAACGCGAGCGACACAAGUCUAAUAUUUUUUUUGUUUAGUACCCCGCCUUGCGGUUACUAAUCGGGGCAGACCCGCUGAGGAGAUCAGGAGCUGUAGGACUUCUUCGCCCCAGUACUUCUCGUCGAUGGCAGACUCCCGAGAAAGAAGGAAAACUGGCGAAGAUGAGCCUCAGGGUGCAGUCGGGGGUGAAGAUGUCAUCGACGACAGAAUUAUGGAACAAGGAGCUGUUGUUUUAAGAGGGUAUGUCAUAGAGAGGAUCAGUGCAGAGAACCCAGAGAGGCAUUUAGCUCCAGAGGACCUUGGUGGCAGACCCAACGAACUAGAGGACCGCCAGGUCAAAGACGUGGUACACCAGCUGCUGCUGAUCGCUGAUGACCUGAACAGAAAUGCUGAGCUACAACACCUAAUAAGCACAGUCCAGGUAAACUGUGCCCAGGAUGUGUUCUUCUCAGUGGCCAGGGAAAUCUUUGCAGAUGGUAUCAACUGGGGCAGAGUGGUCUCCCUGUUUCACUUGGCCUACAAGCUUAUUUACAAGGCACUGACACAGAACCACUUAGAAAUCAUCAAGAAGGUUAUUAGCUGGGUAUUACAGUUCAUCAGGGAAAAUGUCUCCGCUUGGAUUCGACAGCAAGGAGGAUGGGAGGCGGUUAUUAGCACCGUGUCACAUUGGCGUACUGUGUCGCUUGUGGCUGCAGUGGCUUUCGUGACAGUCAUGGUUUACUGGAGGAAAACACGCUGACAUCAUCUCAGGAAGUGCCCUUGGUGAAAUCAAAGUGCCCUUAAAAUUUGGACAGUUCUCUGGGAAGACGGGUUAUUGUGUGUUGUCCUGUGCAGUAGAUUUGACUUUGGGGCAAUGGUGACCUAGUAGUC